CGCGCAGCCCGCGGGAUGAGCACGGCCGGCGGCCGGGGCAGCGGGUGUCCGCGCCCGCGGCCAGCGCCCGGCAGCCUGCUGGCGGCCGCGGCGGCGCUCUGCCUGCUGGCCGUCACGGCCGUGUGCGGGGCGGACGCCGCGCCCAUGAGCCGGGAGGAGAAGCAGAGGCUCGGGAAUCAAGUACUGGAAAUGUUUGAUCAUGCCUAUGGUAACUACAUGGAACACGCCUACCCAGCAGACGAGCUCAUGCCGCUGACCUGCCGAGGCCGGGUGAGAGGCCAGGAGCCCAGUCGCGGGGACGUGGAUGACGCCUUGGGGAAGUUUUCCCUGACACUCAUCGACUCUUUGGACACUCUUGUGGUAUUAAAUAAAACAAAAGAGUUUGAAGAUGCGGUGAAAAAAGUUCUGAGAGACGUUAACUUGGAUAAUGAUGUGGUUGUGUCAGUGUUUGAAACAAACAUCCGAGUUCUUGGGGGCCUCCUGGGGGGACACUCCCUGGCCCUCAUGCUGAAGGAGAAGGGGGAAUACAUGCAGUGGUACAGCGGCGAGCUCCUGCACAUGGCCACGCAGCUGGGCUACAAGCUCCUCCCGGCCUUCAACACCACCAGCGGCCUGCCCUACCCCAGAAUCAAUUUAAAGUUUGGCAUCAGGAAACCCGAAGCUCGGACGGGCGCUGAGACCGACACCUGUACGGCCUGUGCGGGCACUUUGAUCCUGGAGUUUGCUGCUUUGAGUCGGUUCACCGGAGCAACGAUCUUUGAGGAGUAUGCAAGAAAAGCUCUAGAUUUUCUGUGGGAAAAAAGACAACGAAGCAGCAACUUGGUGGGAGUGACUAUCAAUAUUCAUACAGGAGACUGGGUUCGCAAAGACAGCGGCGUUGGAGCAGGUAUCGACUCAUACUAUGAGUAUCUGCUGAAGGCCUAUGUCCUGCUGGGGGACGACAGCUUCCUGGAAAGGUUUAAUACACACUACGACGCCAUCAUGCGGUACAUCAGCCAGCCCCCACUGCUACUGGACGUACACAUCCACAAGCCCAUGCUGAACGCGCGCAGCUGGAUGGACGCCCUGCUGGCCUUCUUCCCCGGUUUGCAGGUCUUGAAGGGGGAUAUCAGGCCUGCUAUUGAAACUCAUGAGAUGCUGUAUCAGGUGAUUAAAAAGCACAACUUCCUCCCGGAGGCGUUUACCACCGAUUUCCGGGUGCAUUGGGCCCAGCAUCCUCUAAGGCCGGAAUUUGCUGAAAGCACCUACUUCUUAUAUAAAGCUACAGGGGAUCCUUACUACCUUGAAGUAGGGAAAACACUUAUUGAGAAUUUAAACAAGUAUGCUCGAGUGCCGUGUGGCUUCGCGGCCAUGAAGGAUGUGCGCACUGGGAGUCAUGAGGACAGAAUGGAUUCUUUCUUCUUGGCUGAAAUGUUUAAAUAUCUUUACCUGUUGUUUGCUGAGAAAGAAGACAUCAUCUUUGACAUUGAGGAUUACAUCUUCACCACGGAGGCCCACCUGCUGCCUCUCUGGCUCUCGACCAGCAAGCACAGCGUCCCCAGGAGGAACACGACCUCAGAAUAUACGGAACUGGAUGACAGUAAUUUUGAUUGGACAUGUCCCAAUGCGCAGCUGCUGUUCCCUAAUGACCCGCUGUACGCACAGAGCAUCCGUGAGCCCUUGAAGAACGUGGUGGAUAAGAGCUGUCCGCGAGGCAUCAUCAGAGUAGAGGAGAGCUUCAGGAGCGGAGCUAAGCCCCCUCUGCGAGCCAGAGAUUUCAUGGCCACUAACCCUGAGCACUUAGAGAUCCUGAAGAAGAUGGGGGUGAGUCUGAUUCACCUCAAAGACGGGCGAGUCCAGUUGGUCCAGCAUGCGAUGCAAGCCGCCAGCUCCGUGGACGCCGAAGAUGGUCUGAGGUUCAUGCAGGAGAUGAUGGAGCUAUCAAGUCGGCAGCAGAAGGAGCAGCAGCUGCCCCCGCGUGCCGUGCAGAUCGUGUCCCACCCGUUUUUUGGCAGGGUGGUGUUGACCGCGGGUCCAGCCCAGUUUGGGCUGGAUCUGUCUAAACAUAAGGGGACACGAGGCUUUGUUGCCAGCAGCCAGCCGUACAAUGGGUGCUCGGAGCUCGCCAACCCAGAGGCUGUCGUGGGGAAGAUCGCGCUGAUGCAGAGGGGACAGUGCAUGUUUGCCGAGAAGGCACGCAACAUCCAGAACGCGGGGGCCAUCGGCGGCAUCGUGAUUGAUGACAACGAGGGGAGCAGCAGCGACACAGCCCCUCUGUUCCAGAUGGCUGGGGACGGGAAGGACACAGAUGACAUCAAGAUCCCCAUGCUCUUCCUGUUCAGCAAGGAGGGCAGCAUCAUCCUGGAGGCCAUGCGGGAGUACGAGCAGGUGGAGGUGCUGCUGUCGGACAGGGCCAGGGACCGAGAUGGCGAAAUGGACAGUGAGGAGCUGCCGUCUCCCGACCAGGAGGCCGAGAGUCAGAGCGUGGAGCAGGUGGCAGCUGUCCCACAGACGCUCGACGAAGCUCAUCUGGACCCUGCUGGCGAAAGCCCUGGUGCCUCCCCGCCAGAACCACUGUCUCCUACGGACCCAGAGCCAGACCCAGAGCCAGACCCAGAGCCGGACCCAGGCACGGGCGACAUGCCGUCCGGGCAGACUGCCCACGCCCCCGAGGCCCAGGAGCCGGACAGUCUUGAUGGCGAGUGCACAGAAGGCGACCCCAGCCAGCCGCAGGAACAGUCAGAGCCUGAGGACGAAGCCACUGCUCAGGCUAGCUGGGGUGACAAGUCCCAGCCCAUAGACUCCAUGUUGGCCGACUGGAGUGAGGAUAUAGAAGCAUUUGAGAUGAUGGGGAAGGAUGAACUCUGAUUGCGCAGCGCCUCGGUAGGUAUGUGACAGGAAAGGUAAAGCGAUUGGCAGACACCCUCAGAUGCGGCAGGCUCUCUGUGGGCGCUGCGAGCUGGCCAGAGGCCUCGGCGGGCAUGGCUGCUCACCCUGGGCACCUGGAGCGGGCAGGUUAGAAUUACCUUGUUUGACUUGUCCUGGAAUGGAAGCCCACGUAACAGCACUGCACUGGCCACCCCACAGGCCAGUGCGGACAGGGCUCCCGGUGGGACCGGUGGCCGUGCGGGACAGUGGCCCCGGGGAGUGCCUGGGCACUCUGCUUUCAGAUCUUGCCAAGUGGCCUGAACAGGUGGCAGGGGCUACACUCCCACCUACCAGGUAGGAGACAGGAGAUCCUUGGCUCGUCUUGCCUCCAGGGAAGCCAGUGGACCUGGGCAGUGCCGUUUCCUGCGAGAGCAGUGGGUGGGAGCGGGCAGGGCACGUGCCAUCCGCCGCAGCACUCGCAGCUCAGCUCGCUGCUGGCUGCUGCUGAAAUGCAGCCAGGGAGAGGCCGCCUGGGGGCUGCGAGGCGGGCGUGGUCCCCUGGGCGGGCGUAGCUCUGCAGCCCGUCUCCCUCCUGCCCCUAGCCUUACUGCAGCCCGGGACAGCCUGCAGCCUGAGAGCUUCGGCCGGUCAGCCUGGGCGUGCCCCGGGCUCCCAGGGCCACUGCUGCUUCUGUCCCCUUGGUUUCGGAAAUGCGCUCCGGGGAGUCUGUCACAUUUCCUCUGAAUCAUGGUGUGUGGUUUGUGGGAGCGAGCACACAGCCAUUGAGCCGAAGGAGCAGUUUCCACCUUCCUUUUUGGUGGUGGUAGUUUGGUGCCGGCCUUGUUGAAGUUUUUACAAUUUUGCUGUUGAUAUCUGUAGGUAGGUAGCCCUAUAGUUAAAAUCAUGGCUUUAAUAAUUUUAUUUAUUUUUUAAAAAUAGAUACGAAUCAGUUCUAAAGGAAUAUUGGGGCGAGUUUGUCUCCUUCCUCUUGACCGGGAUGUCCCAGGGAAGCCUUUCCCUGGAGGGAGGGUUGGGGACAGCAGUGCUGAGCUCAGGGCUCUGGUCACUCUGCAGCCACCCUAGAGCCCGGGUGGACGAGGCUUGUUUCAGGGGCUCGUUGUCUGCUUCCAGAAACUCCAGUGACCUGGCUGGGCGGGGAGUCACACGUCUUCGGGAGGGAAAGGGUAUCUUCACAGAGCCUGUGGUCUUGACUUGAAGCAGAAGGACUAGCUCCCGGGAGCUUGUGCACGUGGCAUUGGGGUCGGCGGGCAGGGCCGUGCCAGGGCAGGGUGCAAAAGGACAGUGUCCCCAGGAGCGGCUCCAGGCUGGCUGGGCACAGAGCAGCUGCUGACCGAGGCCACGGCACGUGCGUGCCCCCACGCCUCGCGCAGAGCUGCUGCUGGCUGACUCGUGCCCCUGGGCUGUCCUGGGCCAUGCGGGCACGGCCUGGCUGGCGAGGCUCGGGUGCAGGAUGUUCUUGUUGAGAAAGCUCAGUUGUUGAAGCGAGCGUGGAGCCGACUGUGACGCCUGGUGGUACUGAGGCCAGCUGCGGAGCCCUGACCAUUGCCAAGUGGUGUUGAGUUCACUAAAAAUCCCCGCCGCGCUAGGUUUGUUCUUAAUGUCUUGGUUUUCAAGUACCUUUUUAUAGAUAUUUUAUUUACUUGCUAAAGAUUCAGGGGAUUCUGUGAGACCCUGAAGUUAGAAACAUCUGGUCUACCUCAGUUACAUGUUGACUGCUUAGAAAUAGAGCUGACGUGAUCACCAACAGCCAUAAAAUUGCUUGAUUAAGAAAGAUUUGUAUCUUUACAACUGGAAUCAAGUGAGGAUAUUAUCCAGGAGGUAAAUGUUAGAUACCAGAGCAAAAAUCUAAUUCAGGUAUUUUCAGGUUUUGAAACUUAACUUGUUUACCUACUAAAAACAUCAAACAGCUGUAGUUUCUCUUUUGCACAGAGUCCCCUGAGCUGGCCUGCCCUGCCUGCAGUACUGCUUUCCCAUGGUGAUGCGGGGCAGGGCAGGUGCCCGGGGUAGGCCGGGAGGCACGUGCCCAUGGGCUUCUGGAGGACCUGGUUGAGAACAAGUGACUGCCUGGCGGGCUUUUCCGCUCUUCUCCCAGGCUUGGGGAGUGAGAGCAGAGGUGGAUCCUGGGGCUUGGUUCUCAGGUGGAGACGCCCAGGAGUUGUAGUUGAAUGACCAUCACACAGCCUGAUCGCGGCAGAGUCCCACGCCCGGCCACGCUCGGGGAGCCUGGCGGGGGGAAGGUAUGCGGGCUGGGGGCUGGGGUGCUGCGGCUCCCUGGGGGCGGGCGAGCUUCCCCAGGAACCCAGCAAGGCUGAAGCCAGAAGAGAGAGACACAUUUUGUGAACGAGACGCUGUAGGUUCAGAUUUUAUAAAAGACGUUUUUAAACAAGCCCGAUUUACAGCCGUAUAUUUUCUUAUGAUGUAAUUUAUGGAAAAGAUGUCUGUACUCACAGGUGCUGUAACACCGCUGUUGGAGUUUAUUGGUGACAAAUGUAUUCAAUCUUUCUAAGGGAAACCAUGUACUGUGAUGUAAAAGUCUGGGCAAAAUGUACAUAAUCCUUGUAUAUAAUUGUGUAUUUGAUUAUAAUUACUGAUUGUAAAGAUUUAAUAAAAUAUGUAAAUAUUC